CGUUAACAUACUAACAUACAGAACAUUCCAGGGCGGCGUCAGGCUGGCAUAAAAAAGGAGGGCUCACUGUUGUCCUAAGUGUUCGCAUCUUGGCUGCAAAGAUGGCAUUUUCUCUUGGCGUGUUCUUCCUCCUGAGUGGGAUCAGUGGACUGAUGUCUCAUGCACGACACAGUUCCUCUGGCAAAGGUGGAUACUGCCCUGAAGACUGGACUCAGUUAAACGAUCGCUGUUACAUCUACUUAGACUAUCCCAGUACUUUUGCAGCUGCAGAGAGAACCUGCAAACUUCUUCAUGCCAAUCUGGUGUCCAUCCGCAGUAAAACAGAAAACGCAGUCGUUCUCCAACUGAUCCGCAACGCUAAUGACGGUGACCUCAUAGACACCUGGACAGGACUCCAUGACACCAUCGAGGAGGAUGACUUCAUUUGGACUGAUGGCACAGAGUUUGACUUUGCCGACUUUGCCGACGGAGAGCCCAACAGCUUGGGUGGAAAUGAAGACUGCGUGGACAUCGAGGGAGAUGAUGGACAGUGGCACGAUAACGAGUGCAGUGACGAGAGCCCAUUUAUUUGCAGCAGAGACGUCAUCGUCAAGAGUGACCACUAACUAACCAUGCAAGGCAAACUAUGACUCUGCUUGGCCAAUAAUCUUCCCUGCAGAACCUUUC